GAUUAACACUAACCCAAGUACAACUUUAGUGUGUUUACCUGAGAUGCUUAGGUUGGUUAAAGCUGUUGCAACCGCACAAGUCAAAGAGCUAGCGCAACAGCUAAACUUAGCUUCCCAAGACCCCGAACGCUGGAAGUCCUGGAUUGCUGUCAGUGAAGAAGCAUUCAUUUCAAGAUUUCUGCUGACAGUAAAGGGGCUGACUAAACGGUCGUUGAAAUACAAACCCAUGCUAGCGAUGGAGAUCAACUUAUUAGCGGAAGCUUAGGAUAUGUCACGUCAUUGAAAAUGUAUGUAAAGUAGCAAAAAUACGAGUUGCAUCGAUGGGGGUGCGGCUUACGUUAACGUGCGUUAACGUUAAACUCGCUCAAUACAGCCCAUAAGCCCUACGAUCUACUGUGGCGCCUACUUGGUCGUCCAUUGCAGGACUGUUCUGCAGCUCGGGCGCACAGUGCUGCUAGUGGAGGCCGAGGGGCUUAAUAUAAAUGUCUUCGCAAACUCAAACAGAUGAAAAUGAGGCGGAGGAAGAAGUGGAGUUUGUAUCAGAGGGCCACCUCAGACCAGUAUUGGAAUGUAUAGAUCUGCUCAGUGAUAGUGAGGAUGAGGGAUGUUCGUCAUUUACAGGCACACUUGAAGAUAAAAUCAGCCGUCAUAAAGCACAAGUUACGUCUACACUCGACAGACUAGCACACCAGGUCGCUCUAGAGAAAAAGGAGCGAGCAGAUAAAUGCAGAGCGUUCAAGGAGAAGCAGGUUUUACAACAAGCUCAUGGACAGCAGGAGCUGGCCUUCAAUCUGAUGAACGGUACAAGUCAGGAAGCGAAACGCUGUGUGGACAUGUGGUUAAAGAUGCCAGGCCUUAAACCUGGAGUGAUCAGUGCUGGUUUUGGAAGAAGGCACAGACCUGUUUCUAUCCCCAGAAAUAAUUCAACUCUACACACUUGUCCAGUGAUUAACUGUGGUAGAGUUUAUGAUAAUGUAUCUCUCCUUGAUGGGCACUUAAAAAGAUUUGAUCACUCCCCCUGUGACCCAACCAUAAAUCUUAAAGGGAGCCCGUCUGAGUUUUUUGCCUGUGUUGCCUGUGGUCAGUAUUUUCAAACCAAAGAAGCAUGGAGGGAACAUCUUAAGACUAAGGUGUCCUCAUCUACUGCUGACGGUCACUUAAUCACUCAGACCUACCAGCAGAUUGUGUGUUUUGCCUGUCCUGCCUGCUGCCUUCUCUUCAGCCUCCGAGACGAGUGUUUUCUGCACAUGUCAACCAAAAACCACUUCACAGAGUCGCUCGCCAUGAAUGAACCCAGAGGAAGAGCACUGCCACUUCCUGUCCCGCAGUACAUUAAGAACCGUCUCAUUACUUUGUGCAAGGAUGUAACAUUCAAAGUCCGAUGCUCUUUAUGUCACGAAGUACUGAUCUCACAUCAGGCAGCUCAAGCGCACUUUAAUGUGUACUGCAGACAGGGCUGUGCGGUGGCAAAGGCUGAUAAAACAAUAGUGCAGGUAAUGAAACAGCUGCAAGUGCAAGGGCAGUGCUCCCUCUGCUGCAAAGUCUUCCUCAGCCAAGGUGAAAUUAAGAGACACAAAGAAUCGACCCAGCAUGAUGUGGAGGUCAAUCAAACAAUGGCGAAAGCACUUCUUCAGCACUGUAGGUUUAGUGAAACCCACAGUGCUAAAGAGAAAAGACAGUCCGCUGGCCUUGAAACAUCUUUUCAAAAAAGAAACAAGAAGAGAAGUGAUUGGGAAGAUCUUCCAGGUAAACGACAAAGACUAAGCCCGAGUGUGAAUGGCAGCACUAGCAGAAACUUAGUAACAGCAUGGUACUGUGAGUGUGGUCUACAGUUCUCAGAGGAGGCUGCAGCCAGUAAGCAUCUCUUGUCUGUGAACCAAAUUUUCCAUCAGUGUGGCGUGUGUGGCAAACACAUGGGAGAGUCUUCAGUCACCCGCCUGCAUAUGAGUCGCUUUCAUGGGGGGGCUCAUCUUACGAACUUUCUCUUCUACUGCCGCAAGUGCAAGGUAGAAAUGCCUCAGCAUGAAGAUAUCCUGCUGCACGUGUCGGAAGCGCACAGUGGACAUACCUACUUCACCGAGCUGGAAGUGCCCGAGGAGCUUGCCGCAGUCACCGAUGCCAAGCCAUCUACCAGCGGCGAUGUCAUCCUGCAGUCAUCUUUCACCAUCCAGCAGAACACAGCCGUGUCAUCGUCUUCAGAAGGAGAGCAGACUUGGAUGUGCAGGAUGUGUGAGGACACCUUUGACUCGGAGGCAGCCGUCCGCAGACACUGCAGUGACAUGAGCAGUCACAGCUUUCAGAGAUUCAUCUGUGGACACUGCCCUCAGAAGUUCUUUAAAGAGUCCACUGUACGUAGACACUGCGUGAAUGAGCACGGUGGGCACAUAAACAGCUCCCACUUCUGCGGCCUCUGUGACAGCAUGCGGUUUGAAUCCGAAGACGAGUUCUUGGAGCACUACAAGAGUCUUCACAGUAACGACUACUACUGUAUGGAUGAUGCUGAAGGUGUUCAGACUGCUGUAGCUGAAAGCACUAGCCAGCUUAUAUGCCAAUGCAUGGGUUCAGAAAAGAGCAAAGAGGAAAUGAAAGCUACAUUUACACAAUGCAUGAGGAAUCUGGCCACUGAAGGAAGGUGUCAGUAUGUGUGUGCUCCUUGUGGUGUGUCUGUGCCUUCCUAUGCACAGAUGAAGACUCACGUCCACACACGGCACGCAGCCUUGGACCUGGACAAGACUUUUGAAGUAGAAUGUAAAGCCUGCCAGGACAGUUUUACGGAUGUGCCAAGUUUCCAUAAACACUAUCACUCCCAACACUGCACCCUGGAACCCUGUAUGAACAGGACCUGCAGAAAAGACCUGAAAGUAGAAGCCACAACUGUAAAAAUACUUGAUGCUAUGGAGCUCAAACCAGACAACAAUGAGAUUGAAGAUGAAGUGUUGGUGAAGUUUUUGAACAUCGAUGAAGCCAACAAAGAGAGUGAAGUAUAUGAAAAUGGUUCAGAUGACGAGAUGAAGCAUGCACUGUCUUUGAGUGCAGAAGAAGCAAGAGAGUCUGCAGAGUUGGAAGAAGCUCUUAAAAGAAGUCUUGUGGAAUUCUAAGGGCUUCAUAGCUUUUGUGUUCAUCAGACAAUAUGGUGAAAUGUUUUGUAUAAGGUAAUGGUGUUCCAACUGUAUUAAAUAAAGGCUAACUUGUGUAAUUUUUCCAUGUUUUUGAAUUAAAUGCACCGUAUAACA